ACCACGACCACGCGUGGCCAUCAUCGUAUUCCUUAAUGCGCGUUCUUACUCAGAAUAGCGCACGUCACACCCGCUUCAAAGAGACAUCUUAGGCAUGUCCGCAACUCCUUCACUCUCGCGCCGGGGCUCGGCGGCCCGCACGCCCGGCGGCUCGCCUCGCAAGGCGCCCAUGGCGCAGCGGACACCUAUGUCCACCUCGACCACCAAGCUGAUGAUGGCGACGACACCAGCGUCAGCAGGUGCACCUGCACCCUUGCAUGCCUCUGUGUCCGAUAUCCCCCUGACGCCGUUGGACUUCUCAGUCAUGUACGCCAAGAUCGACAACUUCAUGGUCACCUUCAAUGCCUUCAUCUCCGGCGAGCUCGCCGGGACGGAGAUGCUGCGGGAGGAGCACGAGGUCGGUAUGUCGCUCGACCGGGAGGAAAUUCGCAGUCUGCGCAGCGAUGUGGAGGAUGCACAGAAGGAGCAGAGCGAGCUGUGGGAAGCCAUUAAAUCGCAAAAAGACGCAGACGCGGCCGAGCGCGCCGAUAUUGGAAAACUCAAAAGCACACAAUUCUCGCUCGGGUCUCGGAGGAGCAACUUGGAGUCUGAGCUGCGCGAGCUUGAGAGGCUCUCCGAGAGCAAACGCCGACAACAGGACGGCAAACGGCAACAGCUUUCCAUGCAGCGAGGGAGAAAUGGAGGCGAGCUGGAUCGCCUCAGCGCAAUCAGCGGUAUCAACGUCAGGCCGACCAAGGUUCCCAAUCAACUCAAGAUCAGCUUCAAUUUGCUAAACCCAGACGACUUUGCAGCCGAGUCAUGCUUUGUUCUCGAUCUGCCGACAUCUGAUAGAAGUUAUCACAUUGUGCAUUGCGACCCGCCGCUGGAACGCGCGCGUCUGGAGGAGAUUGCAGGGGAGCUCAGCAGGACGCGGGAUCCGUAUGAAACAAUGAAGCGCAUGCGUGCCGAGUUCAAGAGCAUGGCCGAGGAAGCGCGCACAAGACGGCGCAGGAUGGUAUAGGAUUCUGCGAAAUGAGAUCUGUCUAGAUGCGAUUCUCGGGUCUUUCGCUUGGUCUGUUGGUAUUUUGUAUUCGAUAAUCGCUUUCUUGGUUCUUUCCAUCCCCGCUUGCCCCAUGUUCCGUCUUGAAUGGUGCUCAAGUCUCCUGAUUAUUUCGCACAGCCAAGUCAACUUGUCAGUGGCAGCGACCAGCGACCAGGACGCAUGUCAUAAAAAUGUAUUAGAGC